AUGUGGAUCAAAAUCGAGCGGAUCGCCGCCUUUGCACAGGUGCUCUGCGACCCGCGCUGCGAGGGCGAGGAGGUGCCCGCGCGCUACUCGAUUGCCUUCUUUUGCAACCCGAACAAGGCGACGCUCGUGCAGUGCCUGCCCGGCUGCAGCGGCGAGGGCAACCCGCCCCGGUACGCGCCGAUCAACGCCUUCGAGUACAUCACGCGCCGGCUCUGCGGCACCAUCGACGAUCCGAUUACGGGCCAGGGACACCGACGGGGCGAGUAG